UUCCGUCUCCCUCCCACUCUCUGUCUCUCUCUGCCUCUCCCUUUAAAGAAAAAAAAAAACUAAGCAGAAUCGGUUUCAUCAGCUUAGCCACUAAUCUAAUCCACCACCAUGGCAACAACGACUUCCCGCCGCGUAACCACCGGCUUGAUCACCUCCGUCCAAUCGCAUUCCACGCUUCGACCUCGAUCAAUGAUCUCUCUAAUCCGUCGAAAUCACCACAUCAACCUUCGUCUACCGUCGCCAAUUGCCUCCGCCUCCAGGCGGUGGUUGAUCGAGGCGGUGCCACCGCACGCGAGAUCGUCCUGGGAUGGUUCUGAUGACGGAGGAGCUCAAGCGGAUGUUAAAAAGCCAGGGGUGUGCGGUUACGCGAUCACCGGUAACGAGAUUGAAGGGAGUAGUGACGAGCUUGUGGAGGGAGAUCAACAGCGUGUCAAUACGAUGGAGAUGGUGAUGUGGGCGGCGGCUACGGCGUCGUUUGGAGUUGCGAACCGUGUGAUGUACAAGCUCGCGUUGGUUCCGCUCAAACAGUAUCCCUUCUUCCUCGCACAACUCUCCACCUUCGGGUAUGUAGCUGUAUAUUAUUCAAUCUUGUAUUUUCGAUAUCGUGCUGGAACUGUUACAGAUGAGAUGCUCUCGGUGCCUAAGAUGCCAUUUUUAAUUGCUGGCGUCUUGCAGGCUUUAGCUGCAGCUGCUGGGAUGGCAGCUACAGCAAAUCUCUCGGGGCCAUCUACUACAGUUUUAUCUCAGACAUUCCUUGUCUGGCAAAUCUUCUUCUCCAUUAUAUUUCUCAGGAGGAGAUAUAGCGUAAAUCAAAUACUCGGAUGCACUCUUGUAGCUCUUGGUGUAGUCGUCAGUGUGGCAAGUGGAUCAGGUGCUGCUCAUUCCUUAAAGGAAGCUGGAGUAUUUUGGAUUCUUCUUAUGGUCCUUUCUUACCUUUUUCAAGGAGCAGAUACAGUUUUGAAGGAAGUCAUCUUUAUAGAUAGCCAGAAAAGAUUGAAGGGAGCUUCACUCGAUCUGUUUAUAGUAAACUCAUAUGGUUCAGCUUUCCAAGCCAUCUGCAUUGCAUUGCUACUUCCAUUUCUCUCAAAACUUUGGGGCAUACCGUUUAACCAACUCGGUAGCUACCUAAAAGACGGCGCGGCUUGCUUUCUCAACGUCGGGACAAUGACAAAAGGAUGUGAAGGGGCUCCAUUGCUGCCUCUGUUGUUUGUGGUAGCAAACAUUGGCUAUAACAUUGCGCUUUUGAGACUCCUCAAGAUUUCAUCGGCGGUGGUUUCAUCUCUUGCAUCGACAGUGUCAGUGCCAAUUGCAGUUUUCUUGUUCACAUUGCCGUUACCUUACCUUGGAGUUGCAUCGUCGCUUCCAAAAGGGUUCAUGGGAGGAACAGUGGUACUUGUAUUGGGAAUGCUUGUUUACAGUUGGACACCACAAGAACCUAACCCUUCUCAUUCUGAUUCAGUCAUUCCUUCACCUCCUCCCACUUGAGAGAGAGGGUUUAAUUAGAGUUUUUGUUUUUACUAAGAGGUUUAUGAAUUAAUUGUAUCAAACUAGAAAAAAAAAUGUAAGAUCUGAAUAUCAUAAAAUAUUUCGAUGAUGUUAAUUGGAAAAGUUGACAUUUUUGAAAGUUGCUAGCUGGAUUUUCAUAUUA